AUUACUCGCUCGAGCCAAACACGGACGAGCGUGCGACUUUAAAUUAAACAGACCGGCUCUGGGCGGCAGGUUGAGAUUAGUUUAUCUCAGGAGAUUAUUUGAGCUUCGACUCCCGCUGGUUUAACCGAAGAGCACAAUCUCUCGCGAGCUGUCGUGAUUACCUCACAUCUCACGAGACCCGCCGCUUUCGUUGUUGAUCUCCAGGAAACGCGAAAGCUCGGAUGACACCUUUUCCGUUUCGGUGGGAAGACGAGGGGGAAAAAAACACAUUUAGCGCUUUUGUAAUUCUUCACAAGUAAUUCUGUUUUUCGCUCGCGUUAUUUCCACUCACCGGAAAUACCGACCUCUAGAGUUUCUAAUCCACUUGUGGCUCGGCGCCGAGGCCCGCGCGUGGCGCAUCAUGUCCGGGUGUAUGUAAAAAAAAAGUAUCGCGUUUGUUUACGUUUUAACUUGAUUUGAUUUGGAGUGACGAAUUGUGCGUAGACAUGCCCGGUGCGCGCGAGAUCGGGUUGGUGGGCGCCGCGCUCGCGCUCACGGGAGGGGUCGCGUGCGCCGUGUGCUAUCUGAUGAGCAAAACACAAAACCCCGAGAAAACUGUCAAAGAGGAGCUGAAUGAGGACGGCAGCGGGAAAGAGCACGUGCAUAAAGCGACCAAGACCGAAACUGCACUAAAAACGCCCAUAAUAUCCGAGCCCAGGACAGGAGGUACUCAGGUGCUGGUUUUGGGUCUGGACGGGGCAGGAAAGACCAGCUUACUGCACUGUUUUGCCACGGGCAGCCUGGAACAAGACGUGUCCCCCACUCAGGGCUUCAACGCCGUCUCCAUCAACAGAGAAGAGCUUCAGAUCGAGUUCUUGGAGAUUGGCGGUACGGAGAAGCUGCGUGAUUACUGGAGGAAUUAUCUGUGUAAAGCGCGCGUGCUGGUGUUCGUGGUGGACUCGUCUGACCCCGAGCGCUUCCCUCUGGCUAAACGUCUCCUGCACCAGCUCCUGUCGGCUGACCCCUGCCUGCCUCUAGUGCUGCUCGCCAACAAGCAGGACGUCCCCGGGGCCCGUGGGAUCACAGAUCUUUACGAGGCGCUGGAUUUGGGUAAUGUUGGCGACGGGCACCGGCUCAGUGUGAUCGGUACUCGGGUGAAGAAGGGAAAGUCUGAGGCCAACGCCGGCGUGCAAGACGCUCGUGACCUCAUCAUAGAGAUGAUGUCGGACGCUUGACCGCCUACUGUGUGUCUUAAAAUUGUUUCCUCCGGUCACAAUUAUUUAGGGCUUUACGGUCACCAAAGAGUCUUCAAACCAAACGACAACAAAUCCGUCCUGUUUUUAUAGCGGAAGAGAAACUAGUGACACUGAAACGUCGUCAUCGCUUAGAGGAUGAAAACGGAGCAUUUUGAAAAAGAUGCCAAAGAUAAUCACGUUGUAGUGCUGCUGCUGUUGUAAUUGUGGAUCGUGGGAUGUUUGAAUGAGUAAACCGAUACGGAAGCGCGUGUGUUUGUGUUGUUUUUGCUAGAUGAUACCUUAACUGGUUUAUAAUCCAACUUGUCAGUAAGAAUAGCCUCUAAACUAAAUAUUAUAUCUGUAUAUUCAUUUUGUAACUUAACGUUUCUGUCUUUAAACAUCUUUUUAAUGCCAGAUGUCAAAUAAUGAAGAUUUGAUCAAAUUGGUGACGGUCUUUUGAUAACCAUUAAAUAUGAAUGGAAACGA